AGGGGAUUCCAUAGGGGAUUUGUGGGUGAUCCAUAGGGGAUCCCUAAGGGAUUCUAAAGGGGAUCCAUGGGGGGAUCUAUAGGGGAUUCCAUGGGGGAUCUAUAGGGGAUUCCAUGGGGGAUCCAUAAGGGGAUUCCAUGGUGGCCCCAUGGGGGAUCUAUGUGGGAUCUAUUGGGGUUUCAUGGGGGAUCUAUAGGGAACCCAUAAGGGGAUUCCAUAGGGGAUUUGUGGGUGAUCCAUAGGGGAUCCCUAAGGGAUUCUAUAGGGGAUCCAUAGGGGGAUCCAUAGGGCCCUGCAGCCCAGCGGGGGGCGCUGUCCCGUGCGCCGCCCCCUAUAGGGCGCCUAUAGGGCACAGCAAGGCCGGGGUCACCUACGGCCGGGGCAGCCGGACACAGCCCCGGCACACGCCGGCCCCUACACACCCUAUAGGGGACUCACCCUAUGGGGGACUCAUCCUAUAGGGGACUCAUCCUAUAGGGGACUCAUCCUAUAGGGAAACCCUACACAUUCUGUAGGGGAAUCGGAUAGGGGAACCCUACACAUUCUAUAGGGGAAUGAUCCCAUAGGGGACUCGUCCUAUAGGGAAUCCUAUAGGGCAACCCUACACAUUGUAUAGGGGACAGGAGCUCCUGAAUCCCCUAUAGGAGAUCCCAAAUUCCCCUAUGGAAAAUCCCAAAUCCCCCUAUGGAAAAUCCCAAAUCCCCUAUGGAAAAUUCCAAAUUCCCCUAUGGAAAAUCCCUAUGGACGAAGGCUCCGGAUCAGAGCUCAGGUGCGUCGCCCCCUCCCCUCCGAAGAACCCAGCGCUGCCAAACGACUCCUGGUGCUGCUCUUGGCCGUGGUGGGCACCCAAAUCUACAACGCGCCGGGGGACGUCGGCGUCACCGAUGUCAUCACCGAUGUCACUGAGACCCCUUUGGGGACACCCAGGACCCUCCCAAUUCCAGAGGAGCCCCAAAUUCCCGCCGGGAACGCCGGGAUAGCCAACGGGACGACGCCGGUGGCGCCCGUCGAAGAGCUCCGGGUCGGAAGGAGACACCGACGUUGGGAUUCGGAAGCUGAGCCAUCCCAGUUUGGCACUGGGAGCACUGGGAAAGGGGGUGGAGCCAUGGAUUUUCCCAUCCCUUCAUUAAUUAGCUGGCUAAUUACCCUCUUAAUUAAUGACCGGCUCAUUAAUUAGCCCCCAGUUGAGGCGGGAACGAACCCGACGUUGGGAUUUGGAAGUUGGUCGAUCCCAGUUUGGCACUGGGAGCACUGGGAAGGGGCGUGGUCAGGGUGGCCUCGUUAACGAGGCUUAAUUAACGACGUCACCUCUACCUCAGCUUCAGCGCCGGUGGGUGCUGAGUUUAUGAAUUAAUUAUUUAAUAAUUAUUUAAUAAUUAUUUGUUGCUAUUUAUUUAUUAAU